CUGUAGUUUAAACAUUUACACACACACACACACACACACACACACACUCCCAUACACCUGACACAGACCUUCGCACACACUCCUCAUACAUCUCUGAAGCUCUAGGUUUUUAGUUGAUGAAGGUGACAGAAUAGCAGAAUGGGACCUCGCACAGCAGUCGGGCCAUCCAAACAGAUGAAGGUCGCCCCUCAGGAUCGUCGUGGUAGCAGGAGUGAUGGGUAUUACAAUGAUUCUCCUGUGCUCAAUAACCCAAAGUCAGUGUUGAAGAGGCAGGUGAGUCCAGAAGAGCUGCAGACACCUGGAGGGAAAUAUCUAAAAAGGAUAUUCACUAUCGUCGGGGAUGCUGUGGGCUGGGGGUUUGUUGUGAGAGGCAGCAGUCCAUGUCACAUUCAGGCUGUGGAUCCAAGCGGACCAGCUGCUGCUGUUGGAAUGAAGGUAUGUCAGUUUGUAGUGUGUGUCAACGGAGUGAAUGUUUUGGAGAUGGACUACCGGACGGUCAGUCAUCUCAUCCUCACCGGACCUCGCACUGUCGUCAUGGAGGUGAUGGAGGCGCUCGAUUGCUGAGGAUAUGACUAAACAAGCUACUCUAAAAAUUCAAAGAAGUAAUUCAAAAACAAUUGGAAAAAAAAAAAGUUCACUAACAUACAAGGUGAUGAGUUGCUGCAACAGACUGCUAAAAAAAGAAAAGAAAAAAAAAACCCUGUAAAUUGUGACAGUACCCAUCAUAUUUGUAAAGAACAACCCUUUGUGUUUGCUGUUUGUAAAACAGCUCAGGUGCAGAGGGACAAUCUUUGACCCCAACGCCGUCUAUUGCAUGGCAACGUUUAUAAAAUGAUAAAUUGGUACGAAACAAAGAAUGGUUCUCCGUAUUAGAUUUUAAACAUUAGACAGUUUGUAAGCAGACCUGAAAUACCGUGAGGGGAAAUAAGUAUUCAGACACUUUUGUUUUUGUUAUUUAAUAUACGUCCUGUGCAUAUUUCCGCUUCAAAUGUACACUCAUGAUGUCUUUUUUUUUUCUUUUCGUUUUUAUAAAUAUGAACAAAAACACGUAUAGUCCUAAGCAUUAAACAAUUAUAUCUUUUAAGAAAUUGACUAGAUUAAAACAUUUCAAUAUAUAUCAAAGGGAAAAAAUAUAUAUAUUAUGUAUAGAAAUCAAAUUAAAAAAAAAAAAAAAAAAAAAGAAUAAAAUUUGCCCUUGAGCAAAUUGUAGAUUAUUAUUGGUGACAUUAUUAUAAAAGAUGUUGCAUUUGGUUGGGAAGAUUUCACGCAACAAGUAGCAAUCAUGGUGAAGGUGAAGGGGCUUCCUAAAAUUCUCAGGUACAACAUCACUCGAAUGGAAAUUAGCUACAGAGCCACCGCGAAGAACUUAAACAUCCUCUUAAACAUAGAACCAUUGUUUUGAUGAUCUGCAGGUGCGUCACACGCAGUAUUUCACAACAUGCCCUCAGACUAAUGAUAAGGAAGAUUAGAGAGAAGCCAACAGUCGCUGGAAAUGAGUUGCAGGAUGACCUGAAAGCAGCAGGAACAACAGUGACACACAGAACGAGAAGCAACGAACUGCACCACAAUCAUCCUCAUUCCUAAACCUCACACAAAACUAAAAGAGAAACAUCUAAAAACAUUUAGAAUCAGAAUAAUUUACUGACAAAAACAAAGCACUCUUUGCCAAUACUUCAGCUCAUCACGUGUGGAGAAAGAAGCGUCGUGUCUGAUCUUUAAGAACAUUAUGUCCACGGUGAAGCAUGGGGGUGGGAGUUUCGUGAUAUGUUCUGCUCCUCUGCAAACAGUACCGGGGCGUUACACGUCAUGAUUGCCAGAAACACGAAUGAAGUGAUGUACUGGGACAUACACGACAUACAGAUCAAAAGUUUGUGGACACUCGACUCAAAUGUCUCUCAUGAUGUUAAAAAGCUUUUGAUCUGAAGGUGUGUGAUUAAACAAUUUAUUUACAAACAAAAUUUAUUUAAACGGACGGCUCGGAGGGAAAUAUUUCCGAAAAGCAGCCGAUAAGAGUCCGGCGUCGGGGCGAACUAAUAAUACUUUAAUGCUGUUUAAAAAGCAUCUCGGGGAAAUUCCUCAAGAAAUCAGUUGAGAAAACGCUUCUUCUAGUCAAAAAGGGCGUCUGCUUUGAAGAUGCUAAAAUGCCCUUUUGGGAUUUUUUUAUCACAACACAAUUCACAUAGUUCCCUUUGUGUUACUCCAGAGUUUUGAUGACUUUAUUAUUAUUCUAAAAUGUGGGGGGAGGGGAAAUAAAAAAUAAUGAGUGUGCCUAAACUUUUGACCGGUAGUGUAUAAGAGGAGAAUUUAAUCUCAUCAGCUAAGGAAGUGAACCUGGGGUGAAGCUGGACGGUUCAAUAACCCCAAGCAUACAGCACAUAAUAACACACGUGAGAAAGAAAGUGAAGGUGCUUGCAUAGACUAGCCAAUCUCCUGACUUCAUUUAUGGAGGACUGCCAAGAGGAAUGCGCCGAAAUCGGACCACGAUGCUGCAAAAAGAGAAUGAAUUCUUACCAUAGACGUCUCGAAUCUGUGAUUUCCAACUAACGUUACUAAUAUGAUUACCAACCGUACUAAUGUUGAUCAUUCAUGGUGUCUAAAUACUUUUCUUUUUUUCCUUAUCUCUUUUGUUUUUAAACAUAUCUUUGUUUAUGUCUAUACAUGUUUUUUUUUUAUAAAGUCAUGUUUAUAAGUACAACGUCAAAGGAUACUAUGUGUCUAGAUUUGUAGUGGAUAUAUGCACUGGAAGUAUAUUAAGUGCCUGAAUACUUAUUUCCCCUCACUAUAUUAGCAGAUAUUGAUUAGUAGAUCUAAGUUUUCAGUAGACGUUAUCAGUACUUAUCUUACAGAUUUUAGUUAUUGAUUAUCUGAGAUAUUGAUUCGUAGAUUUCCAUUUUCUCAGCGGUUCCUAGUUAUCAAUUAUUUUGGUAAAGUCCCAAUUUAAACUAGCAUACUGUAGACAUAUACAUAACAAUAUAUACACAUCUAUACACAUUGAUUUAGCUGGUCAGUUUAACCACAAGAGCCCUACAGGUAGAGUGGGAAACGGUCAAUUUUAGAAAAUUUACCUUCUGACCAAUGAAAUAUGAGAAUUUAACAGUGCUGUGGUGUCAUAACUUAAAAAUAUCCAGGUUAUACCAUAAUCGAUUCUUAUAUUAACUAACCUAACUUGCUGAUCUAUUAAGCAGCGGAUAUUUGGCCCAGUAAACUGAGAACUCCAGUUAUAAACGUGCUGUAAUUAUGGCUUUUGCAAUAAAACCAGUAUACACCUUUAAAGCACCCUUAAUAUUUAGCACGAACAUUUAAAAUAAUACAAAUUAGUGACGGACUGCUUUAAUGUAUUUCUUAUUAAAAGCGUAUUAUUAUAAGUACAAACUAUACAAUGUAAAGUACACAAUAAGCAUAAUUAAAACGAUUUCGUUUGUAAAAAUUUAAUUCCAAACAUAAUUAUACGUUGUCACUUAAUUCAUGAUAAAUACAUGUGCCACAGAAAGUAUUACCCAGAAUAUAUUGCUCAUUUGUUCUAUAUUCAUUGCUUUACAAUGAUGAGUUUUUACUUCAAUAGACAGUUAAUAAUGAUGAUUUCUGUAAAUGAACAUACUAAACAUACCUCCGUCUCGUUAUACUGCAUGUACACACUGUACUUAAUUUAAAGAUGCAUGUGAUUGGGUUUAAUGUGUAAUGUGUGGUUAUGGUAGAGUACUUGCCUGUGCCGUGUAGUUGUAGCAUACAGUCUCUUCGUUUAACUUAGGAAAAUAUAUCCGGUUAAUUGGUUUAUUCUUUCUUUAGGUUUCUGCUACAGUUAUAUGUCUUUGUCCAUGUGUGCACUUAAAAUAAAUUUCUAUGCACGCAA